UCGAAAUCCCAGUUAUUGAAUUACUGGUUGUUCCUUUUAAUUCCUCAGAGAGCAGGGGAAGUUGCAGUAAUGGCAACUAUCAGUCUCCGAAAGGGAAACACACGUCUCCCACCUGAAGUGAACAGAGUUCUCUACGUUAGAAACCUCCCCUUUAACAUCUCCAGCGAGGAGAUGUACGAUAUCUUCGGCAAAUAUGGAGCGAUACGGCAGAUUCGUAUUGGUACUAACAAGGAUACCAGGGGCACGGCUUUCGUCGUCUAUGAAGAUAUCUAUGAUGCUAAGACUGCUGUCGAUCAUCUCUCUGGAUUCAACGUUGCGAAUCGGUAUCUGAUCGUGUUGUAUUAUCAGCAGGCCAAGAUGAGUAAGAAGGUUGAUCAGAAGAAGAAGGAAGACGAGAUUGCUAAGAUGCAGGAGAAAUAUGGGGUCUCCACAAAAGAUAAGUAGAGCUGUUCGAUUGAAAUUAGUUGUUUUUUGUUCUUGAAUUGGGGUUUCUUUUAGACGGUGGAGUUCAGAUGUUGCUUGUAUUGAUGUAUAAGUAGACCUUUAUUUUGUGCACAAAAUCAUAGAUUCGGCUAAUUUCUGGCAACUCGUCAAAUAUUAAUUUCAAGUUCGUUUCUAUAAUCCUGUGUGUGUGGAUAAUCGUUUUGGUUAGUGAUUAUUGUGGUUUUAAAGCUU